CGCUGGUAACGGCCUGUGUUCCUCCCCCAUUAUCAAGCGCUCAUAGUCAGCAUUCCAUGGCCGCCCCCUCCUUCCUCGGCUAGCUCUGCAGCUGCGCCGUUGCCCGCCAUGAAUUUCAAAUUCUCCAACCUGCUGGGCGCCCCAUACCGGGGUGGCAACGUGCUGCUGGCUGGGGACAAGCAGCUGCUGACGCCCGUCGGCAACCGCGUCAGCCUGGUGGACCUCGCCACCUCGGACACGGUGACGCUGCCCUUUGAGCAGGCCCACAACAUCACCCGCAUCGCGCUGUCCCCUAACGGCGUCCUCCUGCUCAGUGUGGACGAGCAGGGGCGGUGCAUCUUAGCCAAUCUGCCACGCAGGAUAGUGCUGCACCACCUCAGCUUCAAGGCCCCCGUGGCCGCCAUUAAGUUCAGUCCCGACGGGCAGCUCAUUGCAGCGGCGGUGGGCAAGAAGGUGGAGGUGUGGCGCACCCCGGGGCUGGGCAAGGAGUUCGCGCCCUUCCAGCACGUGCACUCGUUCACGGGCGCGCAUGACCAGGUCACCUGCGUCGAUUGGAGCCCGGACUCGCGUUCAGUGCUGGCCGGGUGCAAGGAUCUCACGGUGCGGGUAUAUGGACUCGACAGGGAUGCAGUGCAUGGGUACAAGCCGUUCACUUUGACGGGCCAUCGGGACGUGCUGGUGGGGGUAUUCUGGAUCAGGGAUGCGGAGGGUGCGGCAACAGGGGCGUACUCUGUCUCGCGCGAUGGGGCGCUGUUUGAGUGGCGGCUGGAGCCUGCGCAGGAAGAGGCUGGGCCGAGCAAGCAGGACGGAGACAUGGACGAGGACGAAGCGGAGGCUUCGAACAGGGGUGCGGAGAACGGCCACUCCGCAGAGGACGCUCCUUCGACCACCGGGCGAGAAGCGGAACCGUGGCGGUCGCGGCAACGACCGCGGGGCCGGGGCAGCUGGCGGCUGGAGGGCAAGCAUUUCUUCCACCAGGCGGCCAAGCUGACGUGCGCCGACUACCACCCGGGGUUGAAUCUGCUCGUGGCGGGGUUCAGCAGCGGGGUGUUUGGGCUGUACCAGCUCCCCGAUUUUGCGGCGCUGCACCUGCUGAGCGUGAGCAAGGAGGCGCUGACGAGUGUGGCGUUCAGCAGCAAUGGGGAGUGGCUGGGGCUGGGGUGCGCCAAGCUCGGGCAGCUGCUGGUGUGGGAGUGGCGCAGCGAGACAUACGUGCUCAAGCAGCAGGGACACUACUACGACGUCAACACGCUGGCGUAUGCGGGGGACGGGCAGCUGAUCGCGACGGGCGCGGAUGACGCCAAGCUCAAGAUCUGGAAUGCGGGUUCGGGCUUCUGCUUCGUGACCUUCACAGAGCACAAGAUGCCCAUCACUGCGGUCGCUUUUGCCCCCAGCGGCCAUGCCGUCCUGAGCGCCUCGCUGGAUGGGACAGUGCGCGCCUUCGACCUGGUGCGCUACCGCAACUUCCGCACCUUCACCUCCCCCUCCCCCGCGCAAUUCGUGAGCCUGGCCGUGGAUAACAGCGGGGAAGUCGUCGUGGCAGGCUCCCUCGAUACCUUCCAGCUCUUCGUGUGGUCCAUGAAGACGGGCCGGCUCCUCGACGUCCUGAGUGGCCACGAGGGCCCCAUCUACGGCCUCUCCUUCAGCCCCACACACGAGCUGCUGGCGUCUGCGUCGUGGGACGGCACGGUGCGGUUGUGGAACGUGUUCUCGGGGAAGGGCGGCACCGAGGUGCUGCAGCACAACCGCGACGUGCUGGCGCUGGCAUACCGCCCCGACGGCAAGCAGCUCGCCGCGUGCACGCUCGACGCGCAGAUCGCAUUCUGGGACCCCUUCGAGGGCGUCCAGACGGGCACCAUUGAAGGCCGGCGCGACAUUGCCGGGGGGCGCCUCGCGACGGACCGUCAGACCGCAGCCAGCUCCGCGGCGGGCAAGUGCUUCCACACGCUGGCGUACUCGGCGGACGGGGCGUACCUGGUGGCGGGGGGGAACAGCAAGUUUGUGUGCAUGUACGACGUCGCCGAGAAGGUGAUGCUGCGGCGGUUCCAGGUGAGCGUGAACGUGUCGCUGGACGGCGUGCUGGACUUCCUCAACAGCAAGCGCAUGACGGACGCGGGCCCCGUGGACCUCAUCGCUGACAGCGACGACGAGCCCGACAGCUUGGCAAUCGUGCAAGCCGACCCCGGGCAGGGCCUCCCGGGGGCCGGGGCGCGCACGCGGCGGCCCGCGAUCCGGACCAAGUGCCUCCGCAUCUCGCCGACGGGGCAGGCGUGGGCGGCAGCGACAACCGAGGGCGUGCUGGUCUACAGCCUGGACCAGGGGGCGGUCUUCGACCCCAGCGACCUCGACAUGGACGUCACACCGCAGGCAGUGGAGGCGGCGCUGCAUUCACGUGCAUGGCUGCGAGCCCUCCUGCUCGCGCUGCGGCUGAGCGAGGCCGCGCUGGUGCGGCGCUGCGUGGAGGCGGUGCCGCCCGAGCAGGUGGGCCCCAUCGUGCGCGGCGUGCCGGCCCACUAUCUGCCCGCACUAGUUGCAGCGCUGGCGGACUACGUCGGGACGUCGCCCCAUACCGAGUUCCUGCUCAAGUGGUGUCAGGGGGUGUGCGUGUUCCAUGGGCGGGCCUUGCAGGCCCAGUCCCGGUCGUUACUGCCUGCUUUCCGAUCCCUUCUGAAAGGCCUCUCCAUGCUGCACGAGUACCUGGGAAAGUCGGCUGCGGACAAUGAAUACACGCUCUCGUACCUGACAUCAGUGAAGAGAGCAAAAACGGAAGUAUCGGGGCAAGCGUAGGCCAGCCAGCAUGCUUGGGUGCACAACCUGAGGGUCACGUGUGGCUCGGCAGUGGACCAUUCAAUAGAGCGGUGGACUGAUGGACACACGUUUAUUGACCAUAUGUGUUCAUCAAUUUCAAACGUACUUGCUCGAGUGUACAUGGUG